UCCCAUUGCCGAUUAGGGUCUCUCUCGGCACUUCCGGAGGAGGGACGAGGCUGGAACGGUGAGGGUCACGUGCUCUCGCUGGCCCCGCCCCCAGGUGCGGCUGGACGGGACGAUGUUGCUGCUGCUGGAGAAGCUCCCGGCUGACCAGGCCCUGAAGUUUCUUCACCAAGUAGUUGAUGGCAUAUGUGGCCGUGCAUAUUGUCGAUAUCAGGAUUAUGGCAGUGUUUGGAAUUUGGCAGAAUGGAUGGAGGUAUUAGAAGAAACAACAACAUUCUUCAAAACUACAGUUGGCAAAAAUCUGUCAGAUGAAGAGGCUGUUCAGCAGUUGAAUGAGUUGAGCUCAAGCUAUCAAGAAGCAAUAAUGAAAUGCUUGAAAGGCAGAAAGGAAGAAAUCAGGCAUGCAUUGGUAGAAAGCAUAAGUGCAAUCUCCUCUGCCCAGCUACAGGAUUUUGACUGGCAGUUAAAGCUUGCUCUCUCCAGUGAUAAAAUCUCCAUGCUGCAAAUGCCACUUCUCAAUCUUGAUCUGGAUGUGAAAGAAAAUGGUGAAAUUAAGCCAGUCUCUGUAGAAAUGAAUAAGGAAGAACUGCAGAACCUAAUAAAUGCACUGGAAGCAGCUAAUAAGGUCGUUUUGCAGCUGAAAUGACGAGAUUCUGACUAUCAGUGACAUCUGGUGGUGGUGGUUCCACAAGAGACUGCAAAGAGAAUGGAGAUAUACUCUAUAAAGUGGGAAAGUAAUGAUGCUAUUAAAGUACUGAGUUAAGCAAGCAAUACUGAUGUGGACCAGAAGAUUUAUCACAAAUUUGCUGGAAAAAGAAAGCCUGCUGUCCACUAGACCCAAAACACAGUUGCCUUGUAGAAAAUGCUGAAAGUUGUAUAGGCCUAUGAAAGACUACAGUAGCAUUUAUGAAAAAUUUGAGUGCUGUGUUUGACUUUGGAGAGGAGAUUUUGCAGAUGUACAUAAGCUUGUUUUUGUUCAGAAUAAGAAAUCUUGCCUUCACAGUAACUUAUUACAUAACAGUGUAAUAUAAGUUGCUUUCCUGGGAAGGGUAAGCACACCUGUGUCCUGGAACAUAAAUAUUUGAUACUUGUGAAUAGCAAAGUAAUAAACUGUUGAUGCUUUACAUAGAUAAUGGCUUUUGAAAAUUUAAAAAAAUCUUUAAACAUUCAGAACCUUCCGACCUGUGUCUUGUGGGUUUCACAUAAUUGUCUUGAAUCUGCUCUGAAAACUGCACCAGUGUCAAAGUUCUGAAUAAGAAACACGUGGCUUUCAACUGACAAGUGUGACUCAAAAAAAAAAUCAAGUGGUAGCUUUGCAGAACAGUAGGUCAGCUAUUUCCAAAGUGUGUCUGAGUGUAUAUGCUGUACACAGGCUGUCAGAAUAGUGCUCCCAGCCCAAUAUAGCCAUUUUUCUGCAGGGAGGGUGUUACACACCUGCUGAGUUUGGGGGCAGGAUUUAGACUACAUGCAGAAUUUCGGAAGAGAAUUUAUUGAUACCAGAAAUCUGUCUGAUUCAAAUAAUUACAUGCUUGUCUAAAUAUCAAAACAUGUUUAGUUGUAUUUAAAUAGAAUAAAAAAAAUUUAUGCAUUCGUUUUA